AUGAAGAAGCUUUCUCUUUAUGCUUGUUUACUCAAUUUGAGUUUCUUGGUUCUUCUUCCUCAUAGCAAAGCCAAUCAAGCUGAUAAACUUGAUGAGUUGAUUCUGUCUAGGAGCUCACAGAAGCCUCCUGUGACUCUUUCUUGGGCAGAGGAAGAUGCAUUGAAAACUCAUUCUUCUGCUUAUGUUGCACCCCAAGAGGGACUUCAACAAGCUGAUAAGAUUGUUGCAUUGCCUGGCCAGCCAUAUGGGGUAAAUUUUGAUCAAUAUUCAGGCUAUGUCACUGUUGAUCCAGAGGCUGGAAGAGCACUUUUCUAUUAUUUUGUGGAGUCUCCAUAUAACCCUUCAACUAAACCAUUAGUAUUGUGGUUAAAUGGAGGACCUGGUUGCUCCUCAUUGGGGUAUGGCGCCUUUGAGGAAUUGGGACCUUUCAGAAUAAACUCUGAUGGAAAAACACUCUAUCGUAACAAAGAUGCUUGGAAUGAAGUGGCAAAUGUGUUGUUCUUGGAAUCCCCAGCUGGAGUGGGCUUUUCCUACUCAAACACUACUUCAGACUAUGAUAAUGCAGGAGAUAAAUCUACUGCUAAUGAUGCCUAUGUUUUUCUCAUCAAUUGGCUAGAAAGGUUUCCACAGUACAAAACUCGUGAUUUCUACAUAACUGGGGAGAGCUAUGCUGGCCAUUAUGUGCCUCAGCUUGCAUAUACUAUUUUGCUCAACAAUAAAUACAGUCCCCAAAGUAUUAACCUCAGAGCCAUUGCUAUUGGGAAUGCUUGGAUUGAUGAUGUUACAAGUGUGAAGGGGAUAUUUGACUACUUAUGGACUCAUGCUUUGAGCUCAGAUCAAACACAUGAGUUGAUUGAGAAGUACUGCGAUUUCACUGCUGAAAAUGACUCAGCAAUAUGUGCCAAUGCAACAAGAACUGCCCUUAUUGAAAAAGGAAAGAUAGACUUCUAUAACAUCUAUGCUCCAUUGUGUCUUGACUCUUCUAUCAAAAAUGGAUCAACAGGCUCUGUAAGUAAUAUACUCCUACGUAUUGUAUAUGAUUUCGACCCUUGUUCUGAUUAUUACGGGGAAGCCUACCUAAAUAGGCCAGAAGUCCAACUAGCUCUUCAUGCGAAACCCACAAACUGGACCCACUGCAGUGAUCAAUUAAGCUGGAACGACAGUCCCACUACCAUCCUGCCAAUAAUAAAGUAUCUCAUCGAUAGUGGCAUUGGAUUGUGGAUAUACAGUGGUGAUACUGAUGCAAGGGUGCCAGUCACAUCUUCCAGAUAUUCAAUCAACACCCUCAAGCUACCUAUCCAGGUUCCUUGGCGUCCAUGGUAUUCUGAACAAGAGGUUGGAGGGUAUGUGGUGAAAUACGAAGGAAUUACAUUUGUUACAGUUAGAGGAGCAGGACAUUUGGUUCCGAGCUGGCAACCAGAACGGGCUCUCACCUUCAUCACUUCCUUCCUCUAUGGAACCUUGCCUCCUGCUUCACCAUGGAAGGCUUUUUAAGCAUCAUCUAUGAGUUACUCUUU